AAAACAGGAACACCAACCUACAUACAUAACCCUUCUUUACACAAGAUACAUUUUUGAGGUUAGUGGCUAAAAAAAGACUUCAAAAUGCCGUUUAUGAUAGGUCCAGCUCCCAUAAGAAGAACGUUGCAAUUUCUCGAAGCCGGGCGUUUAAUUUUAAAAGAUCAAAUCAAAAUUAUGGCCGUACAUUAUCAUUUAGUUGGUGAAAAUAACAAAGGAACCAAAGACUUUGUGUUUUGGUGUUUGCCACAAAUACAGUACAAGAACCCCAACGUACAAAUUGCGACUUUCAAAAACCUAACACCCUCACCUUUCAUCAGAUGCUUCUACGAGACCGGUGACGAAAUGCUAAUUGAUGUUGAUGGUAAAAGUAAAGAGGAAAUUUACGAGCACCUUAUAAGAGUGGUGGGCAAAACAAAGGACGUACUAGAGGCUGAAUCAAUUUCCAGAGAAAAGAAGGAUAAUCCUGCAAAUUUUGGUGUUGGUUGCGACAGGCAAUGCAUUUGUGAACUUCCGGGUCAAAUCCCUUGCCCCGGCGUUGUGCCCUUGCCUAACCACAUGAGGGGCAAAUUUAUCCAUAAAAAGGACAAUUAGUGAAUAUUUGUAACUUCUUAGGUAAUAAAGUGUUGGAAGGAA